GAUAGAUGGGUACCACCAGCAUGCGAUCUGGCUGCUGACUCUUUAUGCGCAUGCAGCCUCUUAAAUGUGACACAUCUUACAAUGAACCCUGGUGCAGAUGAGCUGUCGCUUCUCUCGGACUGUGGACUAACUGGGGUGACCUCAGGUGUCAUUUGUGGAUGACUGGGAUGAAGGUGGUGAUGAUGAAUGUGGCUGUUUUUAUCUGCGAAAACCGCCAACUUUCACUCCUUCUCUUCUUCUUCUACUACUACUUCUCUGUGUGUCUUUAAAGCGCAACAGCAUGCAGAUCUCCCAGAGUGAAGACAAGAUCCCUGUUGUGGGUUCAUCUUCAAUCCCUCAGGGCAAUGGAGAAGGCCUUUACUUCUCUGAUGGCAGACGGAAAGUCGACUACGUUCUGGUCUUCCAUCAGCGGCGGCAUGGCUCCAUACGCUCUCGCGCCAGCACCUCAGUUUCACACGACCGGUUAUCCAUUGUUUCCAAUGGCAACUUUCCUCCUUCGGUGGGCCCUGACGCGGAGCGAGCAAGAGCAGCUAGCUUACCAGGAGGGGAGGCUAUGGGCGAGGUGUUCAUGGAACUUGGAAGUCCUGGAGGGAAUGAGCUGACGGAGCCUGCUGACCAUGAGAUGCGUCUCAUCAGACAGGAAUUUGAGGCCAAUCUGCUGGAGGCCGGCCUGGAGAUAGAGAGAGACAGAGAGUUAAAGACCCACGGCCCAACCUUCACUCGUCUCCAUGCACCCUGGCCAGUACUGUGUCGAGAGGCUGAGUUUCUCAAGAUUAAAGUCCCUACCAAGACGGUUUACGAACUGAAAGAGGAAAGUGGUUUUGGGUCCAGUAUGAGCACAGUGUGGAGGAAAAUGAACCAGCCUUUCCAGCCUAAAGUACCACAUCAGGACCAAGAAUGCGUCAAAUAUCUCACACACUGCUUCUCCAGGGACAAACUCCACCUGUAUAACAUCACAUCUAAAGACACAUUCUUCGACAACGCCACAAGGGGCCGAAUAGUAUACGAGAUCCUGAGACGGACGGUCUGUGUACGAACCUGUCAAACCAUAGGCAUCAGCACAUUGAUAGCUAAAGGAGUGUAUGACGCAUCCUUCCCUCUACACGAUGGUGACUAUAAGGUCAUCGGCCAGGCUGAGGAGAGGAACGACAGACAGCUUCUGCACGACGAGUGGGCCCGAUACUCAGCCUUUUACAAGUACCAGCCCAUUGAUCUCGUCAGGAAGUACUUUGGGGAGAAGAUCGGUCUGUACUUCGCAUGGCUCGGUGUUUACACUCAGCUGCUGAUACCAGCCUCCAUAGUAGGAAUCAUUGUGUUUGGCUACGGGGUGGCAACAGUGGACACUAACAUACCCAGUCUGGAGAUGUGUGACGAGCGUCUCAAUUUCACCAUGUGUCCUCUGUGUGACGGAGCCUGCGACUUCUGGCAGCUCAGCACCGCCUGCGGCACCGCCAGAGCUUCACACCUCUUCGACAACCCCGCCACCGUCUUCUUCGCCAUCUUCAUGUCUCUGUGGGCGGUGCUGUUCCUGGAGCACUGGAAGCGUCGGCAGAUCAGUUUGAGCUUCAGUUGGGAUCUGACUGGCAUCGAGGAUGAUGAGGAACAUCCCAGGCCAAAAUACGAGACCAUCCUCCUUCAGAAGAGACAGAGGAAGCAGAAAAAUAAAAAGAAGAAGAAAAAGAAUGAGCGGGACCUGACUGUCAACAGUUCCAAUAGAAAGCCAGAGAAGCAGGAGGACGGGACAGUGACAGGGAAGGACAGAUGGAGACAAAAACUUCUGUCUGCCAUGGCUGCAGGAAUACCGGCUGCCAUAGAGAAGUUGACCUGGAAAGACCGUCUUCCUGGAUACUUCAUCAACGUUUCCUCCAUCCUCUUUAUGUUUGGUUUGACGUUUUCAGCAGUUUUCGGCGUCAUCAUCUACCGCAUCACGGUAUCGGCCCUGAUGGCGAUGAGCCCCGACCCGGAGACCAAGUCAAACGUCCGGGUGACGGUGACAGCCACCGCGGUCAUCAUCAACCUGGUGGUCAUUCUGAUCCUCGAUGAAAUCUACGGCGCCGUGGCACUGUGGCUGACCGAGCUAGAGAUUCCUAAAACAGAAACCAACUUUGAGGAGCGUCUCAUCCUGAAAGCCUUCUUGCUCAAGUUUAUGAACGCAUAUGCACCCAUCUUUUACGUCGCUUUCUUCAAGGGACGGUUUGCUGGUCGACCUGGAAAUUAUGUAUACGUCUUUAAUGAUUAUCGAAUGGAAGAGUGUGCGCCAGGAGGCUGCCUCAUUGAGUUGUGCAUUCAGCUCAGCAUCAUCAUGCUGGGGAAGCAGCUGAUCCAGAACAACAUCUUUGAGAUCGGCAUCCCGAAGUUGAAGAAGCUGGUGCGUGCCAUAAAGAAUAAAGGAUCAGCGGAGGAAGAGUUGGAGGGGGAGAGACCUCCACAGCAGUGGAACCUGGACUACGCACUGGCUCCCUUUGAAGGCCUCACGCCUGAAUACAUGGAGAUGAUCAUCCAGUUUGGUUUCGUUUCUCUGUUCGUGGCUUCGUUCCCGCUUGCUCCGCUCUUUGCUCUGCUCAACAACGUCAUCGAGAUCCGACUGGAUGCCAAGAAGUUUGUUACGGAGCUACGCAGACCAGUCGCCGUACGCGCUAAAGACAUUGGUAUAUGGUACAACAUACUGAGUGGAAUGGGGAAAUUCUCAGUCAUUAUAAAUGCCUUUGUGAUCUCCUUCACAUCAGACUUCAUCCCUCGGCUCGUCUACCAGUACAUGUUCAGUCAGACCGGCACCAUGCACGGCUUCAUUGACCACACGCUCUCCUUCUUCAAUGUGUCCAAUUUUAAACCUGGCACCGCACCGCACAGCUCACUGCAAGGAGACAUCACCGUCUGCCGGUACAAAGACUACAGAGAGCCUCCCUGGUCUCCAGACGCAUACACCUUCUCCAAACAGUACUGGUGUGUCCUGGCUGCAAGACUGGCUUUCGUCAUACUGUUCCAGAACCUGGUGAUGUUCCUCAGCCUGGUGGUGGCCUGGGGGAUCCCUGACGUUCCCAAAACCAUUGUGGAGCAGCUGAAACGGGAGAAGAAGCUCCUGGUCGACGUCUUCUUACGGGAAGAGAAGGAAAAAUUCCAACUCAUCCAGAGCCUCUUCUCCAAGGACAGCAGCCUCCACCCGGGCAGCCACACGCUGAGCCCGACCCAGGGCCUGUCCAUCCCAGGCCGCUUCAGUACUCUACCCCCUGGUCUGACGCAGGCCUUGACUGGAGAAGGAGUGCCCAGGGCCAGGUGUAGGGCCGCCAGCUUCAGCCUGUUCAACAGGAAUAUCCCGCCAAGAAAUGAAAAUGAGAAUUCGAGACACACGGCCGUGUGACAUGAAACACACACAUCUGUGGGGAUGCUUCAGCUGGAGGACACGUUGCUCGGGUGAUUCAGUCCGUGAAUGUCUUUGCCUGUGUCUUUUGUGUCCUGGAGUGUCUGACACAGUAAUGCUGUGAUUAAAACAAAUCGCAGCAACAUUCUGAACUAAUUUGAAAUCAUUGUUGUCAGUGUGGUUGAAUGUGUAAUGUCCACACUGUCUGAAUGAGUGUCUGUGUGUUGUUCCUACUUGCACCGACUGUUCACCUGAUAAAGUGUUAUAAUUUUUACUUUUUGGUAAAAAAUUAAUAAUUUAGCGAGGCUCACUUGCUUCAUAGCGUAGACAAGCAAUAAUUACAGUAUUAGGCUGAACAAGUGAAUAUUACAAGAACCUGGAAGAGACAAAGAACUACAAACACAUGGACAUAUUCAGUGAUGAACACUUGACAGGUUGAUGAACAUGGACUCAUUACUGGGGCUGAGGACUGUCACAGUUUUCCUGCUUUAUGUGCUUAUGCUCUUUAUGUAUUUUUGUUUUUAACAGAAUUUGUAGCAGCGACAACAUUCCAUAUUUCCUGUACUUUUUAAUACAUGAAAACAAACAGGAGCCUCCCAGAAGAGCAAAUCAUUUUCUUUACACCACUUGUUCUGUUACAACUGAUUUUUCUCUGUAGAAUUCAGGAAUAAUUUUAUUUAAUCUUACUCAAAUUGUAAUGGUAGUCAAAACACAGCUGCUGGUUAUUGUUCCUCUGGUCAUUCUGCUCUGUGUAUUUAUUGGACGGAUGCCCAUGCCAAUGUGGCACAGUGUUGCAUGCCACUCAUAGAUCAUAGACAGUCCAAGCUGUUGUUUUAGAAAUAGAUUAUCUGUGAAGCGAAAUGCUUU